AUGGCAACUACUGCCGCUGUGGCGUUAGCUUCAAGUACAAGGAUGCAUCGUUACUAUGACUCGAUGCUCGGAGGGGAAGAAUUCACCCACGAGCUGAUUAAUGGGCACCCCGCUAGGAUUAAAAAUUUAUUGCGGAUAUCAUCUGACACGUUUCAAGAUCUUUGUGCCACGUUGGUGGAAAAGGGACUUCUGGAAUGCCAUUCAAGGCAGCGAGUAAAAGCUCAAGAGCGUGUAACAAUAUUUUUACACACAGUUGCCCAUUCGAACUGGCAACGUUCCACUUCAGAAUGUUUCCAACACUCGACAUCGAACAUUUGCGACCACGUUAACAAGGUGGCCAAAGCGCUUGUGCACCUAGCACCUCAUGUCGUCCGGCCUGGGGACAUGUCCCCUGCGAGGAUGAUUCGUGACUCCCCAAUUUUCUGGCCGUACUUCAAGGAUUGCGUGGGUGCUAUGGAUGGAACAUUGGUGCACGCAUGCUUACCUUCUAGGGAUCAACGACUCUUCCGCGGGAGAAGGGGUGACACGAUGCAAAAUUGUCUUGCGGUGUGUGAUUUCGACAUGAAGUUCACGUACGUGCUCGCUGGCCUGGAAGGGAGCGCACAUGAUGCUCGGAAGUACUAUAUCGGGGACUCUGGGUACAUGAACGCUCCUCAGUGCCUUACACCGUACCGCACAUAUCGCUAUCAUCUAUCGGAUUUUCAGGGAAACAACCCAUGUCCUCGAGGUAAGGAGGAAUACUUCAAUUACCGAAACGCACAAUGUCGUAAUGUCAUUGAACGUGCGUUUGGUUGUCUUAAACGUCGUUUCACCAUUCUUCACGGGCCAAUGCCAAUCUACAAGUUUGAUCGCCAAGUCAACUUUGUAAUGUCCUGCGCCGUCGUGCAUAACUUUAUGUUACUCCAUGGUGAGGAUGUACUAGAUCAUGCCUCAGAAGGCCACGACUUAACCGAUGAGGAAUCAGUCCCUCGACCGGUUGCACACAAUCGCCAAACACCGAACCCGGGCCGUGAAAACAAGGAAAAUCAGAAUGAAUUCCGUGAUAUGAUUGCGGACUGGCUUUAG